CGGACCCGUCCCUCCGCCUCUGAGUCCUCGCCCUUACCCCGGGCCGUCUCCUGCCCCCCGAGCGGACGCAGGGAGUCGAGGCAGGGCGUACCGGGCGCCAUGAAGGGCCGCUGCCUGAUAGGCGCCGCGGCGGAGGGGCUGGCUGGCUGAGGGCCCGCGCCGGCCGAGGCAUGUGGAGUCCUGGCGGGAGCCUGCUCGAGGCACUCCCCCGGCUCCUGCAGCACGCUGCCCUCCAGGGCCGAACCGAGCCGCCGGGCCGCUGGGCCCUGCCGCGGGCAGCGGGCGGGGAAGACGCGGCCGAUCGCCUCCCCCGCGGAGGCGGGGCGAGCGCGGCGGCGGCGGCGGCUGCUGCCUCGGGCGCCCUGCUCGGCGCCUAUCUGGAGCGCCACGGUCCGCCAGCGGCCUCGGAGCUGCCGGCGCCGGGCGGGGCCUUGGCGGGCUGCCCCGGGAGCGGCGGCGGCGGCGGCAGCGUGGUGGUCGGCGUGGCGGAGGUGAGAAACUGGCGCUGCUGCUGCCUCGGCAGCACCUGUUGGUGCCGGAGCCUCGUGCUGGUGUGUGUGCUGGCCGCGCUGUGCUUCGCUUCCCUGGCCCUGGUCCGCCGCUACCUACAGCACCUCCUGCUCUGGGUGGAGAGCCUCGACUCGCUGCUGGGAGUCCUGCUCUUCGUCGUGGGCUUCAUCGUGGUUUCGUUCCCCUGCGGUUGGGGCUACAUCGUGCUCAACGUGGCCGCCGGCUACCUGUACGGCUUCGUGCUGGGCAUGGGACUGAUGGUGGUGGGCGUCCUCAUCGGCACCUUCAUCGCCCAUGUGGUCUGCAAGCGGCUGCUCACUGCCUGGGUGGCCGCCAGGAUCCAGAGCAGCGAGAAACUGAGCGCCGUUAUUCGCGUCGUGGAGGGAGGAAGCGGCCUCAAAGUGGUGGCGCUGGCCAGACUGACCCCCAUACCUUUUGGGCUUCAGAAUGCAGUGUUCUCGAUUACUGAUCUCUCCUUACCCAACUAUCUGAUGGCAUCUUCGGUUGGACUGCUUCCUACCCAGCUUCUGAAUUCUUACUUGGGUACCACCCUGCGGACAAUGGAAGAUGUCAUUGCAGAACAGAGUGUUAGUGGAUAUUUUGUUUUUUGUUUACAGAUUAUUAUAAGUAUAGGCCUCAUGUUUUAUGUAGUUCAUCGAGCUCAAGUGGAAUUGAAUGCAGCUAUUGUAGCUUGUGAAAUGGAACUGAAAACCUCUCUGGUUAAAGGCAAUCAACCAAAUACCAGUGGCUCUUCAUUCUACAACAAGAGGACCCUAACGUUUUCUGGAGGUGGAAUCAAUAUUGUAUGACUGAUGAAAUGUAUGAUUGUCAAGAGCUAGUGUGCUGUCCAAGGUCUAGUGGUCACCUUACCAGUGGGCAGAGACAAGUUCUAAUUGUAUAUGGCACAAACAAAACUGACUAGUUUUUAAAUUGCACAAUUUUUUUAAAGGAAGAAUUGUUUUCUGGAUAUGUAAGUGUACAUGUAGAUGCAAAUUUGGGCUGCACCUCUUUAUCAUUUACUAUGCCCUCUGUGGCCUAUAGGUCUGCACUUUAGUGUUUUUUAAUUGUUUUCUUUCUGGGUACUUAUGAACAGAGAAAUAACCCAAAUAUUUUUCUGCUUAGUGUCUUUAUUUAUAAAGUCCAUGAAAAGUUGUAAGCAUCUUCCCUACUUAUAAUGAUGAGUAAGAGUAUGUAAUGUUAAAUGUAUGAUAUUAUUUAGAUGUUCUUUAUCCUUUUCAGAAAAGAUAGUGUUUCUUUGUUUUUUAAGUAGGACCACUUUGCUUCCCUUUUCCUUAUGAGUUAAAAUAUAGACAUUAACUUUCAUUUGAAUGUAUUUUUGCAAGCAUCAUUGCAGGGCCAUUUACACCUGUUCACACAAGCUUAAAUCCUACAUUGUGGGACUGAAGUGCUCUUAAGAUACCUUUUUAUUUUCACUGUGGAAUAUGCAAAGUAAAAGGGAAAUUAUUGGGCAGUGGCUCAAAUUAGAACCCAUGUUCUAAUUCCAUUACAUUGGCUUUACUCUCCUUAGAUCUUUCAUCAAAGGGCUGUCCCAUUGCAGUCUUACUAAAAAGUUUUAGUAAAAUAAACUUCUUUUUCCUUUUAUAUUCAUCAUUAGGCUUUGAGAUAAAAGAUCUAAUCCUUUAAAAUGAUGGAUUUACCAUCAUUGAAGAUGUCACUCAGGUGGCCUUGUUUGAUCAAAUCGCCUUUUAAAAAAACCAAGCUUUAAAAUCAUGUUUAUCAGUCCACUGAGUUACAUAUAUAUUUGUCCCCAUAGUCUUCAGCUUUAAAACUAGAAAUACACUGUUAAUGCCCAAAUUUGUAUUAUUUGCCCUACUAUAAAGUGGGUUUAUUUUGUUUGUUUUUUGGUACUUGUUUUUCUCUGAUAAGACUCAGGAAUUCUGAAAUGUGAAAUUAAGUCUCAGUUCUUUCUCUUGUAGCAUGAAUUGAGUAUAUUUAUUAAUAGCACUUAGGAGUAUAUCAUACAAUAAUUUGGCAUAUGAUUCAUAUGACAUACGUAUUAUGCAUCUAUCACCUUACGAUUUUUAAAAUGGUUUAGUUGUGAACUUGAUGACUAGUGUUUUUUUUACAACCCAGAUUAUAGAUACGAAUGCAAAUUUUCUGGUUGGUAUCUCUUUUUUGGCUAUGAAGAUUCCACCUUAUCAGAGAACUCCCAUUUGCCCUUUCAUGAGGGUAAAACCUUUGCCCUGAUUCACUAAAGUGCAAAAGAAUUCUUUGGGAGCAGAUUAUUCUAGUCCUAUGUUAAAGACACAUUGCAUUUGAUUUUAAUGCAUAAGUUUUUUCCCUUAUUGGAGUUAUAAUCGAUUUCCGUACCUUUAUCAUGUUUGUUUUCUCACCUUUGGAUAAUAGAAAAGUUCAUUUACAUGUCUAUACCAAGACUUCAGUGCAAAUGAUCCAAGAAGCAGCUGGGUCUGCAGUACUUAAUUGGCCUCCAAAUCCUUCUUUCUUUCCUUGGUAGAAAAAAACAUACAGUACUAGAAUAUUCUUAUUCUUUUUUUAUCUUAAUUACUUGCUUUUAUUUUUAAAAUAAUUUUAAUUUAAUAAUCCCAAUGAACAAUACGCUUGAUUUAUUCUUUUCUGUCUAACUUGACAAUAUUUUUCUUGUGUUUCUUGCUUUUGAUAAGUUUUUGUUAAAGGAAUCAUUUAAGGUCACUACUUUCAGACUUGUGUUACACUUCAUGUCUGCUGAAGUGCAUUUAUUUACUUAGCAUUUUGUGACUUGAGUAAUUUCACCAAAUGAAUACCUUUUAGUAGUUUGUAAUGAGUUCUUCCAAUUGUUGCAUUUUACUUCAUACUUAAAAUAAAUAUGUAAAGGUAGAAGAGAAAUAAGUUUUCUGUAUUCUGCCAAUCAUAAUUUUAUAUAAUAAAAUCAUCCAUUUUUACUUAAAAUAGUAUGGAUUUGCUAUUUCUAAAAUACUAAUCUAAAGCUGCAAUUUUCCUUUGCUUCAUUAUUUCCCAGCCUCCCAAGUAAACAACAAUCCAUUAUAUUCAUGCUGUUUGAUAGCUGAAUUUGGCUAUUGGAUUUUGGAUGUGUUCUCUAUAAACUGUAUGAAGCAUUGCCGUGCCUUAUUCACUCCAUCUUUAAGCUUGCAUCCCAGAUUUAUGGCAGCAGCAAAUUUAACAAGAUCCUUGUAUGUUGCCCAAAUAAUGCCUCCAGUUCUAGAGUGUAUAUUUUUAAAAUAAAAUGUUUUGAUUUUUCAAA